AUGAGGACGAUUUUCAACCUAAGAACAGCUUUCGACGUAGAGUGGGUUAACCUCAAGUAUCUGGCUCUAGGCGGCAGGGAGACGGCAGAGGUGACCUAUGUGUUGGUGCUACUAGGACUGCACGCCAUCUGGCAAUCGCGCACUGCGAUGGUGCAAUGCCACAUAGACGCACGCCCAACCUGGGACUACUUCGUGGCCAAGCUGGACUGGGUGAUAUCACUGAUUGACAGGGGGACAAGCACAGCGACCGACGAGUGGCGGUGCGUGGAAAGACAGCUGGAGGCGGGGGUAUCCGCCGUAGGCACCGGCCUCAGCGUGGUGGGGUUUGGCGGCUACCUCGCGAGAGCCAGUGCGGGGAAGCUGAGUUUUACAUGCAGGGUAUAUGGAGACGCCAAAGAUGAAUCUUCAGGGAACAAGUCAUGUGGACGGCGCCAUCUCAGUAAUACUGUUUCAGCAAGAAUAAUUAAUGGUACCGAUGCAGAACCGGGCAACUGGCCGUGGAUGGUGGGGCUGUAUACUCCCGAUGACACAUUUCAUUGCGGUGGCGUUUUAAUUGACGCACAAUAUGUCUUGACCGCUGCUCAUUGUCUUCGAUACAGGAAUGCUAGCUUCCUAACGGCUCGGCUGGGAAGCACAAAUAAAACCAAGUUGGCGGAUUGUCCCAACGAAACAAAUCAACAAGACUUCGCAGAACGGAGUAACGACAUAGAGAGCAAAGCGGUAGGGGGUGCCCAGGUCAUUUGCGUUGAAAUUGCGCAGGUCUGCAUCCCUCGCCAGGAAAACUGUAGCUUUUUUAUGGAAGACAUCGCAAUGUUGAAAUUGAAAACACCUGUAACCUUCACGGAACAUAUUCAACCAAUCUGCCUUCCAGAUAACUGCGUCGAACCAUCUUUAAAUGUUGCCACCUACAUUGCCGGCUGGGGCCAAGUUGAAAAAAUUGACAUUAUCGACUACACCGGAUAUGAUGACAACGAGGAGGAUGAAGAGGGUGAAAACGGAGAAGAUGGGAGUUCACAAAAUGAAGAAACAGAGGAGCCGACUUCGGAAGUGUGGAUAUCUGUGCAAACUGUGUCGGCAUGGACACUGAGGGAAAGAAAGAUUACCUUGAUUAACAGUACUACUUGCCAAAAGCAACUUAACAGAAGUGUACCAUACCAUACCAUGUGCUCCACUGGAGGAACAUGUGCCGGAGACAGCGGAGGGCCACUAAUGUACGAAAUUAAUGGUACGUGGUUCCUCGCAGGUAUUCAUUCCACAGGAAGUCCUAAUUGCUACGAGCCCCAGAUGCCAGGAAGACAUAUCAAAGUGUCAUACUACAUUGCAAGAUUGAUUUUGGCUUUCAUGGAGCGCAGCAAUCACGAUAAUGGGAGAACAGAUGAUGUAUGCGCCACGGAGGAUUCUCGUAUGCGAUGCGUAACAGAAUUUUAUGCCUCUUACAACGUAUCACUAGAAUACAAGUCAGACAUGGAAUAA